AUGAAGGUCCUGGCAUCCCUCACACUCUGCCUCUGGGCAGGGCUCAGCACUGCUGUCAUCCCAGGUGCUGGUGAGCUGGGACUGACAGGUGUUUGCCCUGUCCUAGAGGAGGAGGAGAAUCCAUCCUUCUGGUACAAGCAGGCAGCUGCGGCCAUUGACGCCUCCUUGAAAAUCCAGCCCAGGAUAGGCCAAGCCAAAAACCUCAUUCUCUUCCUGGGGGAUGGGUUUGGGAUCCCCACCAUCACGGCCACUCGCAUCCUCAAGGGGCAGCAGCAGGGAAAGCUGGGCCCUGAGACCCCUCUUGCACUGGAUGCUUUCCCCUACGUGGCUCUCUCCAAGACGUACAACGUGGACCGGCAGGUCCCUGACAGUGCGGGCACAGCCACAGCCUAUCUCUGUGGGGUGAAGGGCAACUACCAGACAGUGGGGCUGAGCGCGGCCGCCCGCUACUCGCAGUGCAACACCACCGCGGGCAACGAGGUGAUCUCGGUGCUGGAGCAAGCCCGCAAAGCUGGGAAGGCGGUGGGCAUCGUGACGACGACGCGGGUGCAGCACGCGUCGCCCUCGGGCACCUACGCCCACGUGGUGAACCGUAACUGGUAUGCGGACGCCAGCAUGCCUGCGGAGGCACGGCAGGAGGGAUGCAAGGACAUCGCCUGGCAGCUGGUCCACAACGUCGACAUCAAUGUGAUCCUGGGAGGUGGUCGAAAAUACAUGACCCCUGUGGAGACGCCAGACCCUGAGUAUCCCACGAACAGCCAGCAGAAUGGGAUACGGGAGGAUGGGAUAAACCUUAUUGACACAUGGCUGGAGGCGCGGCCGGGUGCCCGCUAUGUCUGGAACAAGACAGAGAUGCUGGCUGCUGCUGCCAACCCCAGUGUGAAUUAUCUGAUGGGUCUCUUUGAACCCGGGGACAUGAAGUACAGCCUGGUGCGUAACACCACCCUGGACCCAUCACUCACCGAGAUGAUGGAGGCGGCUAUCACCAUCCUGAGCAGGAACCCUGAAGGCUUCUACCUCUUUGUGGAAGAUAAGUUGGGGCUGUGCCCAUCUGCAGGCGGCAGGAUCGACCACGGCCACCACGAAGGGGCAGCCCAGAAGGCACUGACAGAGGCAGUGGAGUUUGACCAGGCCAUCGAGCGGGCAGGGGUCCUGACAGACGAGGCACAGACCCUCACCGUUGUCACCGCCGACCACUCGCACGUCUUCUCCUUCGGUGGCUACACCCUGCGUGGCUCCUCCAUCUUCGGUCUGGCCCCCUCACUAUCCACUGAUGGGAAGAACUACACAUCCAUCCUCUAUGGGAAUGGGCCAGGCUACCCAGGCCCCGACCGGCCCGACAUGGAUCAUGACACAGCCAUGCAGUUCGAGUACCUGCAGCAGGCGGCCGUGCCCCUUGACUCAGAGACCCACGGUGGUGAGGACGUGGCCAUUCUGGCCAAGGGCCCCAUGGCCCACCUCUUCCAUGGGGUGCAGGAGCAGACCUACGUGGCCCAUGUCAUGGCCUACGCCGCCUGCCUUGAGCCCUACACCGACUGCCACCAGCGGAACUCUGCCCCUGGCACCCAUGCCACCACCCUGGCCCUGCUCCUGCCCAUCCUCCUCCUGCCCCUCUUCCACUGAUUCUGUGUCCCUAGGGCACCCAAUGGGAGCUGCCAGACCUGUGUUCUCUCCCCUCCUCACGGUGUGGCACCUGCAGCUUUCUGAAGCACCUCUGGUCCGGAUGCAGCAGCCAAAGGGUCACCAAACCCUGAGCGUGGGGCGGGUCCUACACCACCCGCAC